AUGCCUUAUCUCAAAAAUAGAACUAAUCUAGGUAUAAAUGAGAAUUAUCCAUCUACAAUACUUAUGUGGAUGGUUGUUAUUGGGUUAUUGGUGUUAGUGGAUGUUGUUUGUGGAUCAGCUGAAGAUAGUGAAGAUGAGUUGGCUUGUGGAAGUAGGGUUGGUAGUGAGAAUGACUCUGCGGGUUGGAAAAAGUCGGGUGAGAUGGCUGCUAGAUUGAAAAAGCUUGGAUUUCUAUUGGAUUGUGGGGUAAUGGCUGUACUGGCUAGACCGUACACUCCAGAACAGUCAACACUCGUCGAUUCCGAUGCUAACCCAAGUCUAAAUUCAAAUGUGUCAGAAGAGAUGCCCGACCUUUCUAUAGUGCAAGUUAGGUCCAAGUCUAUAGAUUUUACCCUGCCCGAGUAUUCAAGUGCCGAAGAGGCAAACGCGGCCUUUAAACUUCUAAAUACAAUUGCUGCUAUCAAGACCAUAGAAGUUUUGGUUAAUUAUACCGAGACUGAGUCAAAAUGGCAUCAAACGAAUAUCUUAAUUAUAACUCGAGUCAUUAACAUGAUUGAUUGUAAGAGGUUAAAGCUUAAUUUGAAGUGUAACUUAGAGUACAAUAGCAAAAACCAGUCCAUUUAUAAUGCUAGUUUGCGUGAGGCGGAGAAAGUCAUCGGUCUUACUCCUAAAUCAUCCUGCACGCUCGUAGUUAUGAAUCUCUUUUUGCUAUGUUGGAGCGAUAGUACUAUCGCCAUCCUGCAACCGUUUUCAUCUAUUCACUUUGUCCAAAUACAUACCCUUCCCCAAAACCUUGACGGUCUAUGUUUAACGGCUAACUUCAAAAUAGUUGUGUUCCCUAAAUCUAAUCAACGCAAUGUUAAUCUUACUUUUCUUUCAUCCGUUUCUACCAAAUGUUCUGAGGUCAAAAUCAAUCCCGCUGAUAAACCGUUUUUGACAAUACUAGGCCUUGAGAUGUGUACUAAACAGCACCCAGAGAUAACAUUAGUGCUUAAUUGGACCAAUCUUCAAUCUUUGGGCCGUCAACCUUUGAAUCUUCAACCUAAAGGCAAAAUUCAUGUCCACACUAUUAUGAUCCAAGAUAACCACCUCCUUCAUACAAAGCCAACAAGUCUUAUGAGGAAUCCAAAAAAACCCGUUGAGAAACGUAUCUUUGCUACCAACCUUGUUGUUCUGGCAGGCCGCAACUUUCCUUGUCGAAGAUAUGAGCCCUUCCUCGGUAAUUACAUAAAAGAUGCUUGUGCUAACUAUGUUACCUUGACCGGCACAGCCGAAGUCCGCUAUAAAGAUGAGCGAACGGACUUUUAUGAUACUCUCGAGGUAUUUCGUACGCUUGGUAUCCUCACUAGAUCAGAGAUAGAAUCCUUUUCUAAUAAUGUCUGUUGUGGUACUAAGCUUAAAAACACCGAACACAUAACGAUUAAGAAGCCCAUUACCCUUCAACUUACAAGCUGGGUUAAGAUGUGUGAUAACAAUAAGCUAAGAAAAGAUCUGGCUUUUUGCCAGCAUAUACACUACACCGAUAUCACUAUUGAUGGGGAAGAGGAGUAUACGUUUAAUCCCUUUAAUGCAGUUGUUGAUAUGCUAAAACGACUCCGCUGUAUUACUACCCAUAAGCUUACAAUCCAAAACUUUUACGUGUUCUACUGUAUCAAUCCGCUUGAUUUGUUUAAAUUUAACAAGUUACUCUGCAAACUACCCCAAUACACCAUGGAAGUUGAUGUUUUAGUAUUGGACAAUGCUCCUAGUAUGGUUGUCGAAUGGCUCCUGGGGACCUAUAACUUUGUUAAACCAACAGAAGUGGUUAUACUAACCCCAUACUGCAAUCUUUCCUUAAUCCAAAUUCUCUCUCAUCCGAAAGGCCGGAAUAUCUCAAAGCUUGUCUUUAGAAACCUUGAUAGACUAAAGGAUAUUGAUUUACUUGCCAAUAGCAAUAGGAGCAUAUGUAUUCAGGGGUCACAUGUAUGCCAAAAAUACAACUUCUUCAGAUAUGUAGAGAAAAGGUGGAAACGUGGUAUUACACCAAUGGCUCUUGGUCUUGAUAGGCUGGUUUUGCAAUUCGACGGUACUAAUCAGUGUUUGUCUGCUGAAAUGCUAUCUAAGGCAACAAGCUUGAGAUUUCAGGAACAACUGAGCCUUCGCUUCUUUGACUACAUUAAAGUGGCUCUUGUCAUGAGACUAGCUAUUGCCGAUAGUCCAUGGUUUAAUGAAACCUCUGGUGAGUUAAAGCUUGCUGGCCUAACUCUAAAGGUUCUAAAUGAUGAUCUGGCCUCCCAUAAGGAGGAAGUAAGAUUUAAGGUAGACCUAAUUACAUACCCAACUAGGCCUGUUUGCCGGCUCGUGCUACACUUCCGAGAUGGCGUGGUAGUAACCCGUGCGAUUUUAUUGGAUAUUAUUCUCUGGGCCAAUUUCCGAUUUGUGGGCCUAAAGGUCUUGACUUUAUCAAAUCUGGAGGUACCCGAGGGUCAGAUAGAUGAACCGGGCACACCUAACUAUGUGCCCUUUUACACGGGUUCACUCACGAGUAUUCAGAUAAUAGAUAACACCUCAAGAAUUUGGAAUGUCAAGCAGCCAAGAUCUUUACCUCCGCGGUGUCCUCGCCAGCCUCCAUUUCAAAGUGAGCUAUUUAUAGGGGCAUAG